AUGGAUACAGUAAAUGCAGAUGAGUGUCUGAACCGAGGAGUUUUAUUUAAACAACAAGGAGAAAAUGAAAAAGCACUCCAAGACUAUAACAAGGCCAUCAUAUUAAAUCCAAAGUCUGCUAUUGCAUAUUAUAACCGAGGAAUAUUAUUUUGUGAAAAAGGAGAAAAAGAAAAAGCACUAAAAGACUACAACAUGGCAAUCAAAUUAAAUCCAAAUUAUGAUAUUGCGUAUUAUAACCGAGGAGUUUUAUUUGGUGAACAAGGAGAAAAGGAUAAAGCAAUCCAAGACUACAACACUGUCAUCAAACUAAAUGAAAAUAAUACUAAUGCGUAUAUCAACCGAGGAAUUUUAUUUAAACAACUAGGAGAACAUGAAAAAGCACUCCAAGACUACAAUAUGGCCAUCAAAUUAAAUCCUAAUGAUGCUGAUGCGUUUAAUAAUCUAGGAAAUCUAUUAGAUGAUUAAGGUCAAAAAGAUAAAGCACUCCAAAACUUCAACACAGCCAUUAAAUUAAAUCCAAAUGAUGCUACCGCAUAUUACAAUCGAGGAGUGGUAUUUAAAUAAAAAGGAGAAAAAGAAAAAGCGCUCGAAGACUUCAACAUGGCCAUCAAAUUUGAUUCAAAUUAUAUUGAUGCAUAUAUAAAUCGAGGAGUAUUAUUUAAACAACAAGGAGAAAAAGAAAAAGCACUCCACGACUAUAACUUGGCGAUCAAAUUAAAUCCAAAUUAUGCAACUGCAUAUUACAACCGAGGAGUGGUAUUUAAAUAAAAAGGAGAAAAAUAAAAAGCGCUCGAAGACUUCAACAUGGCCAUCAAAUUUGAUUCAAAUUAUAUUGAUGCAUAUAUAAAUCGAGGAGUUUUAUUUAAACAACAAGGAGAAAAAGAAAAAGCACUCAAAGACUAUAACACUGCCAUCAAACUAAAUAGAAAUUAUGCUGAUGCAUAUAUCAACCGAGGAGUUUUAUUUAAACAACUAGGAGAAACCAAAAAAGCACUCCAAGACUACAACUAGGCGAUCAGAUUAAAUCCACAAUAUGCUAUUGGGUAUUAUAACCGAGGAGUUUUAUUUUGUGAACUUGGAGAAAAAUAAAAAGCACUACAAGACUUCAAAAAUGUUAUAAGAUUAAAUCCGAACUAUGCUACUGCCUAUUAAAACAGAGGAGUUUUAUAUGGUGAACAAGGAGAAAUUGAAAACGCACUCAAAGACUUCGAUAUGGCCAUCAAAUUAAAUCCAAAUUACGCUACUGCAUAUUAAAACCGAGGUGUUUUAUUUGGUGAACAAGGAUAAAUUGAAAACGCGCUCACAGACUUCGACAUCGCCAUCAAAUUAAAUCCAACUUACGCUUCUGCAUAUUAAAACCGAGGAAAUCUUUUUGAUAAAAAAGGAGAAAAAGACAAAGCUCUCCAAGACUACAACAUGGCAAUCAAAUUAAAUCCAAAUUAUGAUAUUGCGUAUUAUACUCGAGGAUUAAUAUUUAAACAACAAGGAGAAAAAGUAUAGGCACUCCAAGACUUCGAUAAGGCAAUAUAAUUAAAUCUAAAUUAUGCUACUGCAUAUUAUAAUAGAGGAGUUUUAUAUGGUGAACAAGGAGAAAUAGAAAAAGCACUCUAAGACUUUAAUAUGGCCAUAAAAUUAAAUCCAAAUUAUGAUACUGCUUAUUAAAACCGAGGUGUUUUAUAUAAACAGCAAGGAGAAAAAGAAAAAGCAUUCUAAGAUUACAACAUGGCCAUCAAAUUAAAUCCAAAUUAUGCUACUGCUUAUUAAAAUCGAGGUAAAUAAUCUAGUUCUAGAAAAGGUGUUUUAUAUAAACAACAAGGAGAAAAAGAAAAAGCUCUCUAAGACUACCACACAGCCAUCAAAUUAAAUCCAAAUUUUGCUACUGCAUAUUAUAACCGAGGAGUAUUAUUUGGUGAACAAGGAGAAAAAGAAAAAGCACUCCAAGACUACAACGAAGCCAUCUAAUUAAAUCCAAAUUACGCAACUGCUUAUAUGAACCGAGGAGUUAUAUACGGAGAACAAGGCGAAAUAGAAAAAGCCCUCCAAGAUUACAACAAGGCCAUCAAAUAAAAUCCAAAAUACGCUGCUGCAUAUUAUAACCGAGGAAAUCUAUUUGAUGAAAGAGGGGAAAAAGAAGAUGCACUCAAAGACUACAAUAUAGUUAUCUUCUUAAAUCCAAAUGAUGCUGAUGCAUAUAUCAACCGAGGAGCUUUAUUUGGCGAAAUAGGAGAAAAGGAAAAAGCACUCCAAGACUUCAACUAGGCCAUCAAAUUAAAUCCAAAUUAUGCUACUGCAUAUUAUAACCGAGGAGUAUUAAUCCGUGAAAAUGGAGAAAAAGAAAAAGCACUCCAAGACUACAACAUGGCCAUCUAAUUAAACCGAAAUUAUUCUACUGCAUAUUAUAACCGAGGUCUAUCACUUAGAUAUAUCAUAAGGGGUUUUAUUAGAUGA